AUGUUCUCACUUGAUGUCAUCGAAUGUGAGUUAGGCAAGAUGAAGGACGAGUCAAAAACGAUUGUUGAAGAGGACGAAAACAAACUGACCGCUCUCGAAGACGAUUACCAGAAAAUGACCAGUAAUGUGGCCAUGAUGAUCAAGAAAGCGAAAGAUAAGCUGGAUCAUCUCCACCAACGUUUUCAAACCGGGUUAGAUGUAACAUACCGACGUCAUCGAGAAAGUCUACAUGAACGCUUACGCACCAAUAGGAUAUUUCAAGCAAACAUUGAAAACACCAACCAACUGAUGAGGGUGGCGAAAGAAAAAAAUCCUGACGUUGACACAUUUAUUGUAACGGAACAAUCCAAGACACAACUUCUGAGACACGUGCGGCGUUUACAGCAGAUGACUGGAGAAAAACACAACACAUUUGAAUUGAAGAUGGGGUAUGACGACGUAUUAGAGAAGGUCAUCAACGUGAUGACAACUGUGGGAAGAUUAGAAGUCUCAUCUUCAUUGUCAUCGUCAUCACAUGACUCCCUCACAUCUAUCAGACAAAUCAUUGACACACUUCAGGCAACAUCGUCCGUGACAUCGUUUUCCGAAUCAACGUCCUCCUCGGACAUGCUGAGUGAUGUAGGACACGUGGCCGUUCCAUCUUCAUCAGUAGCGCCUCGUAUUGACGUGUGGACUGGGUCUUUAUCUCUGGUCAAGUCUGUACAUAAAGGUUCCAUCGGUGGGUCAAUGACUCCAUGGCUGACAGGAGGGGUAUUUAUUGAAGGAGAGGGUCUACUCGUUAUAAACUUCCAAAACAAACAACUUUUACUGUUUGAUUAUAGCUAUGAGUAUAUCAGGCAUUAUGAUGUGGAUAACAGUCCUAUUGAUAUCACACGUGGAUUUAAACCGAAUGAGUUACUAAUGACCCAGAUGGGUAGGUCAGUCAUUAGGUGUACAUUUGGGGAUGGUGUCCUAACCACUGUCGACAGGAUACGUAGUACUCAACAAUGUUGGGGUAUAGAUAUUCUGGGAGAUAAGAUACUGCUCGGGACUGAAGGUUCUGUCGGGAUUUUAACAUCUGACUUGAAACAGGUAGCAGCCUCUAUACCUAAACGCGGUCACAAUACUUCCGUCGCCGCAUCACCAAAUGGACUCUUUUACCACAGAGAUGAAGACGUCAUUGUUUGUCCGUCACUUGAUGGGAAGGAAGUGUUCCGGCAUAUGUGUAAAGGUAUCAAAGAGCCAAGAGGAAUUGUUGUUGACCAGGAUGGUAAUGUAUACGUGUGUGGAAUGGAGUCGGGAGACAUACACCUGAUAUCACAUGACGGCUCCAAGGAUCGAAUCCUUCUCCCAAGAAUGUCUGGAAUCACUCGACCGUACGCCAUACUUCACCAUCCAACAAGACAGGAGCUCAUUGUGACGUCAAGGCAGGAAAACGUGAUUUUUGAAGUGUACAAGUUUUGUGAUCAGUGA